AUGGAAUACAUGGAUGCUGGCGCGCUUACAUAUGUUGCUCGCUAUUGUGAUUGUAUGGAGCCACACAUUGCAUACAUAGCACGCGAAAUCCUACUUGCCCUUAAGUAUAUACAUUCUCAAAAUAAAAUUCAUCGAGAUAUUAAGACAGACAAUGUAUUAUUAUCUCAAAAGGGCCACGUAAAGUUAGCAGAUUUCGGAUAUGCAGCUCAACUUACUACAGCAGCUGAAAGAAGAAAUUCAAUGGUCGGAACUCCAUUUUGGAUGGCACCUGAACUUAUACAACGCACACCAUAUAGUUUUGCCGUUGAUAUAUGGUCACUUGGCAUAUUGUGCAGAGAACUUGCAGAAGGUGAACCUCCAUAUGUUGAUGAACCACCAAUGAGAGCUACGUUUUUAAUUGUUACAAAAGGUAUACCAGAAAUAUCUGAUAAAGAAAGUAGAUCACCAGAAUUACUUGACUUUUUAGAUAAAUGCUUAAGAAAAGAUCCAAAAUUAAGACCAACAGCAGAGGAGCUGCUUAAUCAUUCAUUUCUCAAAUGUGCAUGCGAUCAAAAAUAUAUUCCACCACUUAUUAAACUCGCAAAGAGACUUGCUGAUGAAGAUGAACAGUUUUCUAAUUUCUAG